AUGGCUGACAAAGACCAAGUGAUUCAAGCACUCAGAGCCACACUUAUAUCAGUGAAAGGAGCACUUACUAUAAAACAGUGUAAUCGUGACUACAGAGAAUUGCAAGGUGAAUGGAUUCCUUUCAAGAAACUUGGUUAUCCAACGCUAGAAAAACUUUUCCAAGAUGUUCCUGGCUUUAAAAUAACCCAAAUUAAUGGCGAAUGGUAUGUCGACGCCAUAGCGAGUCAAGAAACACAACAUAUUGCCUCAAUGGUUGCCCGUCAGAAGCCAAGUAAAAAAACUAAUCUUAAAUUAAAUCAUCCGAAUCGAUUUCCGAAGAAACAAGGGUCGUGGAGAAAACCCGCGCCGUCGUCGAGUUACACAUCAAAUUACGACAAUCAAUAUUCAAAACAGUACUACAGAGCUAAAUCGAACACUCCGUUCAACAAUAAUACCUAUAAUAAAUAUAAUAAAUAUAAUAAAUCGAACGAAACGAAAAAUGUACCUCCACCACAACAGACAAAACAAGUAAGCAAGAGCACAGAACAGCCCGAAAAGAAUAACUCCGUUUCUAAGAGUUGUAACGCACCUUCACAACGAGAAGUUAUUAUACUCAAUGAUGAGUUCAAGCAUUCCACACGUAACGAAAAAGAGACUGAAAAUAGAGGCAACAGCAAGGUAUCGGCCUCGCAAAGACUUUCCAAUCUGAGAGACCGUCUAAACACGGUCGAUCUUAUUCCGCUGCAACUGCCGGCUCACAAUAGUGUCUUGGAAAGUGCCGGUUCAGUUGCGCCCGUGGCACCGGCUCACAGCCUGGAACCUCCACCAGACUCGACCUCGUCCUUCGAGAAGCUGGAGUGGACCUGCAGAAAGUUGGGGCUGCCGCAGCCGCUGUACAAGGUGUACGACUACAGACCUAAAAAAGGUCCCGUCACCUACGACUGCACUGUCAAAGUGGGCAACAAGUACUCGGCGACCUCCUACCCGGACUCGUCGCCGUCGGGCGAUCUCGCCAAGGAGGUGGCGGCCGUGAAGGUGCUGGCCUCCAUAGAGGGCUCUGAGGUGAGCGGCCUGCCGACGGCGAGCGCGGCCCGAGCGGUCAUCCGCCUCGCCGACCUCGUGGCCGAGCACGAGGCCGGCCUCUGGGCCAACAUCGUGCCCCACAUGUACAGGGAAAAAUAUAACGAAAACUUGCCAAGUAACUGGCAAGAACUAAUCGAAAAUUGUCCCCGAAUAUUAAAAGAUAGAGUGGUAAAUGGACUCUUAGUUCUUCUACCCAACAAUGAGGAGUAUUCGCCGGUAAUCAUUGACACGAAUGCGCUGGACGAGACCAUUGAGACCGACUUACCGCCACUUCAGUUCCCCGAGGAUGACUUUUGGAAUGUGUUCAUCACCGUUGCCAACUCCACGCUGGAGAUAUGGCUACGGAUUAUUGGGCCCGAGUAUAGUGAUAUAUUUGAAAUGCUCCUAGCGGAUAUGGCAAAGUAUUACGAACAUUCGGGAACGAAUGUGGACAAAUCAAUGAUUAUUAAAAAUGCCUGGUAUGCCGUGAACCUUGACGACGGUGGCUGGCAACGUGCGAAGAUUUUGGAAAUAGAAGAAGACACGGCGAACGUGUUCCUGGGCGACCAUGGCGAUGACGACACGGUUUAUUUGAAUAAGAUAAAGAUUCUUGAGCCGCAGUUCAGGAAACUGCCUGCGCAGGCGAUCCUGUGCCGCCUGGACGGCGCCGAGGAGCUGGCGGCGAGCGAGACGGGCGCGGCGCUGGUGCAGCGGCGGCUGCCGGGCGAGGUGCUGGUGGCGGCGCCCGGGCCCCGCACCGAUCCCACCGACCCCGCCGUCGCCGUUGUCCUCUACGACACCUCCACGCAGCGCGACCUCAACCUCAACAAGGAGAUCGUGCACGACUUCUGCAUCGCCGGCGCCUUCACGGUCACGCAGAAGUUCUGCGAGGUGGAGGUGGGGUGCGUGACGGAGGAGGGGCGGGUGUGGGUGUCGCGCGCGGGGGGCGCGGGCGUGGUGCGCAACGCGCUGGCGCUGCUCACCAGCGGCCCCUACCGGCGCCCGCUGCCCGCCGCGCCGCACGCCCCGCCGCCGCAGGCCGCGCUCUUCAUCGUGCGCACGCUCGCCGGCGACUGGGUGCGUUGCCGAAUCAUUAGCGCCCUGGACGGCGAGGGGACGGUGCGCACCCAGCUGGUGGACAGCGGGCUCAUCCUCCGCGCGCCUCUCUCCUCGCUGGUGCCUCUGCAGACCUUCUCGCCAGCGCUCAACGCCUACCCGCCGCAGGCGAUCCAGGUGCGGCUGGGGCCGGCGGAGCGCGCGGCGGCCGCGAUGGCCGGCCGGCUGCGCGAGAUGCUGAUCGGCGCGUGCGUGCUGUGCCGCGGGCUGCCGGCGCCGGCCGCGGGCCUCGGCGGGCCCCCGCACGUCGAGCUGUUCGUGCGCUUCGGCCCCCAGGCCAUGCUCGCCUCCGUCAACAACUGCAUCCUCACGGAGUACGACUUCCUGCAGCUUGGCAAGUUGAAAGAAGACGCGAAAGACGCCACGGACCACGUGGAGGCGUUGAAUAAGAAGAAGGAGCGUAUAUUCCGUACGACGUCUGGGGGGGCCAUCGGCGGUGCGGUAACGGGUGUGGCAUCGAACGGCGAAUCGCGACACACGUUGCCUCCCCCCGCACUCCCUGCGCCCGGCAAGUGCUUUGACGUAUACAUCGCCAUGGCUGCCAGCCCGUAUAACUUCAUUGUCCAGUCGAAUACCACGAGACACGUUUUGUUAACAAUGAUGUCUACAUUGCAAACCGAGUGCCCAAAACUGACUGAAGCUGAGGCACCCGUCAAUCCCGUUAGCGGUGAAUUGUAUACACUUUGUUAUGAAAAAGAUGCUUCAUGGUACAGGGUAAUUAUAGCUGGAUCUGUAUCAGCAGAGAUGGUCUCCGUUUAUUUUUGUGAUUAUGGCGAUUUAGCUCUAAUCGCAAUAAAAGACUUGCGGCCGGUGCCUCCAGGAGCGCCUCUAGCUCUUUCAUUGCCGCCACAAGCCAUUAAAGCAAAACUUUUUGAUGUGCUGCCUCUUCAUCAAGACUGGGCUGUGGAAGACUGUAUUAGAUUUCAGGAGUUAUGUGUUGAACAACAGUUUGUUGGAAUCUGUAAGGAGGUGGGAAAGGAUCCGCUAAAUCCAAAUGAACCCCUUCUUACUCUUGAUCUUAUAGACACCUCAACAGAUGAAGAUAUAUAUUUAAACAAGCAACUGUGUGUUGAAGCU